AUGGAGUGUGGUGGCGGCGGCGAGGGUGAGGAGUCCAGCACGGAGGCUCCUGGCAGCAACCACACGGAGUUUGCCGCGGAAGCCUUCGCAGUGAAGGUGGCUGAGCGGCAGGUGCGGUUAUUGGUGUUCGUUGCAUGUCACGUGCCUGUGAAGCUCUGUGGUCUAAUUCAACAUCCUCUUUCUCCUAGAUUUCCAGGCCCUCCACCUGCCAGCAGUGCGCCACCCUCCUAUGCCCCUUAUCCACCAGCGACACAGUCAUCGUACCCGAGUCCGCUGCCCCCGGCAUCCGUCUCCCAGCUGGGCCGCCAGCUCGAUACCAUGCACAUCAGCUACGGUUCCGGCAUGGCUCCCCCCGGCCAGGGGCCCCCGGGCUCCCUGUCCGCACCCUCGGGCCAGGGUCCUCUGCCACCUCUGCAGCCGUCCAUUUUGCAGCCUGGGUCUCAGGUUCUCCCCCCACCGCCCACCACACUGAACGGCCUGGGUGCACUGCCCAUGCCUCCGCCCGGCCCAGCGCCUCCGAAUGCCCAGCUGCAGCCCCCGCCUCUUCCAGGACAGACCCUGGGCAGUGGAUUCCCCCCGCAGCAGGGCAACUAUGGCCCCCAGAUGCCGGGCGCACAGCUGGCCUACCCUGGAGGCUUCCCCGGAGGCCCUGCGCAGAUGGCGGGCCCGCCCCCGCCCCAGAGGAAGCUGGAUCCUGACGCCGUGCCCAGCCCAAUCCAGGUGAUUGAGAACGACCGCGUCACCAGAGGGGGGCAGGUGUAUGCCACCAGCACCAGAGGCCAGGUCCCGCCCCUGGUCACCACGGACUGUGUGGUGCAAGAUCAAGGCAACGCCAGUCCUCGCUACAUCCGCUGCACGACCUACUGCUUCCCGUGCACGGCAGACAUGGCCAAGCAGGCCCAGAUCCCCUUGGCUGCUGUCAUCACCCCCUUCGCCACGGUGCCUUCCAACGAGACGCCCCUCUACCUGGUGAACCACGGGGAGGCGGGGCCCGUGCGCUGCAACCGCUGCAAAGCCUACAUGUGCCCCUUCAUGCAGUUCAUCGAGGGCGGCCGGCGCUUCCAGUGCGGCUUCUGCAGCUGCGUGAACGAAGUCCCGCCGUUCUACUUCCAGCAUCUGGACCACGUCGGCCGGCGGCUGGACCACGGCGAGAGGCCGGAGCUGUCGCUGGGGUCCUACGAGUACGUGGCCACGUUGGAUUACUGCAGAAAGAACAAGCCUCCCAACGCUCCCGCCUUCAUCUUCAUGAUCGACGUGUCCUACAGCAACAUCAAGAGCGGGCUGGUGCGGCUCAUCUGCGAAGAGCUGAAGACGGUGCUGGAGAGGCUGCCCAGGGAGGAGCCCGAGGCGCCGUCCGCCGUCCGCGUGGGCUUCGUCACCUACAACAAAGUGCUCCACUUCUUCAACGUCAAGAGCAACCUGGCGCAGCCGCAGAUGAUGGUGGUGACCGACGUGGCCGAGGUCUUCGUGCCCCUGCUGGACGGCUUUCUUGUCAACUACCACGAGUCCCAGUCUGUGAUUCACAAUUUACUGGACCAGAUCCCGGAGAUGUUCGCCGACUCCAACGAGAACGAGACCGUCUUCGCGCCUGUCAUCCAGGCCGGCAUGGAGGCCCUGAAGGCCGCCGACUGCCCCGGGAAGCUGUUUAUCUUCCACUCCUCCCUGCCCACGGCCGAGGCCCCUGGGAAGCUGCGCAACAGGGACGACAAGAAGCUGAUCAACACAGACAAGGAGAAGGUCCUUUUCCAGCCCCAAACCAGUGUCUACGACUCGCUGGCCCGGGACUGCGUGGCCCACGGCUGCUGCGUGACGCUCUUCCUCUUCCCCAGCCAGUACGUGGACGUGGCCUCCUUGGGCCUCGUGCCUCAGCUCACGGGAGGGACCCUUUACAAGUACAACAACUUCCAGAUGCACUUGGACAGCCAGCAGUUUCUGAAUGACCUCAGGAACGACAUUGAGAAGAAGAUAGGCUUCGACGCUAUCAUGCGGGUCCGCACGAGCACAGGUUUCCGAGCCACUGACUUCUUCGGUGGGAUCGUCAUGAACAACACGACUGACGUGGAGAUGGCGGCUGUCGACUGUGACAAGGCGGUGACGGUGGAGUUCAAGCACGACGACAAGCUCAGCGAGGACAGCGGGGCCUUGAUCCAGUGCGCCGUGCUCUACACCACCAUCGGCGGCCAGCGGAGGCUGCGCAUCCACAACCUGGCCCUGAGCUGCAGCGCGCAGCUGGCCGACCUCUACAAGAGCUGCGAGACGGACGCCCUCAUCAACUUCUUCGCCAAGUCAGCUUUCAAGGCGGUUCUGCACCAGCCCCUGAAGCUCAUCCGAGAGAUCCUGGUCAACCAGACCUCGCACAUGCUGGCGUGUUACCGCAAGAACUGCGCCAGCCCGUCCGCCGCCAGCCAGGUGAGCCCGCCCCGGCCGUGGGCCUCCUCGCCUGCACGGCGCCGGCCGG